CAAGACUGGGCUCAGGGCUGCUAACAUCAGGUAUAAAAACAAAAGUGAAUAUGCAGUCUGCAAGUGCACAGGGAGACAAAUGAGGCAACAUUGCUCCUCCUUGCACCUGCAGUGAUACUGGGAGCUACUAGGGUUGUGUCUGAACAUUGGUUUAGUAGUUCCAAACAAAUCACAAGCCAGAAUUCCGAUAUAAUCGUGUUUGGAUGUGAGCUGUAUCUUAGAUCUCAAUAAUGCAGGAGUGGGGAAGAGCAAGGCAACUGAGAACCACUUUGGCGGAAGGGAAGCCUUGAGUAUAGAUUUCCCUUGCUUGGCUUCUUCUAGUCUGGAGUGAACAUGGUAGCAAAGGGUUACUUUUAAAAAGGAAAGAAAGAAAGAAAGAAUCAGUGCAAGCAGCAUCAUGGCAAGUAGCACUUUCCGCACCCGUUUAAAUCUAAAAGUCACUUUCUUAAAUGAUUUAGUUUCCAGGAGCAAGCGAUCCUUUGAAGAGUUUCAAGAGGAGGAGCAACCAGACACAAAGAGACACAAACUCUCCUGCUUGCCUUUUGGUGCACUUGCAGAUCCUUCCUCAUCAAGCAAUGGAAUAGCAGUUUCUGCAGUGUGUUCUGUGGCCACCAAUGGACAACCUGAUGAUAGCAACACAGAUGACAUACUAGAUGACAGCUUACUGGAGCCUUCAGAUGGGGAACUCUCAGACUUUUCCACUGGACUCACUUCUGAAGCUGAAGAUGAACUUUUGUCAGAUAGUCAACCACACUGCCCGGAGACCUCAAAUUCCAUAGCAUUUGAACCAGAUGCAGAACAUGUUGGAAUUUUGUGUGCAUUAGGAUCUUCUAAGCCUUCUGGUACUCUAGAUCUAGAGUCUAGAAAAACAGAGCCACUGUCUCCAGCUGACCCUUUAGUCUGUUCAAGUUCUUGCAGAAAUGACUCUGAAAGUCCAGAAAGUGGGAGUGACUUGAGCACAGGGUCUCAAAACCAAGCUGGAUUUGGUUUGGAUUCAAACAGUUCUGUUCUUCCAGAAGCUGUGUCAGUUGCAGCAGCUGCCUUGAGUCUGCAAAAGGAUAACAAUGUGCCUGGGGUAUUGGAUAAAGAAGCUGCUCAGGCAGUGGUAGACGAUAACUUGGAAAGAGUGAGACAGCUCAUGGCAAAACCUGAGAGAGCUGAAGGGCCCUGCAAGGAACAGGCUUCCCUAAAUCAAAAUGACCUAGGAGAAGAGAGUGCAAACAGCCCACCUCAAGAGGCUGAAGGAGAUUUGGAUUCUGCUGGCUUGCAUGAAGAAGCUGCACCAUCCUGUUCCACAUCCAUCGGUGAUCAAAGAAAGGGAUAUAUGGAAGGUCCCAGCAUCAAAGAGUCAAACUGUCCUAUAAGGUCCCGAUGUCGGAUAUACAUUGAAGAGGCAAAACUUGAGUCCAGCAAGGAAAAAUACAUCAAUGCUGUCCUUGCCCAUGCUCAGCGUGCUGAACUGAUAGAUGAAGUCAAUGAGUUGCAGCAGCUGAUGUUCACCGUGACUGCUGAAAACCGCUACGGGGAACCCGGAUUUGCACACCCAACAGACCUGACCGUAAGGAACUAUGCACAGCGAGCUAAGAGUACAGCCCACAGAUGUUCCCUUGACCAGUGGGUCGAUAGGAACAAUCGCAACCUCCGUCGUUUUGAGAGUGUCCCUGAUCGCUUCAGGCGCAGCCCUAUCCCAAGCUAGAAGUGUCUCACCAUUAAAAUUAAGUUGUCUUUUAUCUGCGCUUCAAAGUUGAUUGUCAGCUUCAUUAUUAUUAUUAUUAUUAUUAUUAAUUUCAGUUUUUAAGUUAAGGCCAGUUUAUAAUUUGUUUUUGUUAGAAUUUUUUGUUCAUCUUGAACUUGUCCUCUGCCAAAUGUUUUAUAUAUUUUUGGCAUUUUGAUGUUUCACCAAGCAGUUUGAUACUGUAUGCUGUGGCAAUUUUUAUAAAUGCUUGUGCCUUUGAAAUA